UCAGAGAAUAAAUCCCAUAGGCAGAUAUCAAUCAUGACUAUCACCAACGAAGACCAACAACAAAUUCAAAUACCUGGCCACAAACAUCUCCGUCACAAGAGUCUCCUUCAGAGCGAUGCACUCUAUCAGUAUAUACUUGAGACCAGUGUAUACCCAAGAGAGCACGAGAGCUUGAAGGAGCUACGCGAGUUGACGGAAAAACACCCUUGGAACCUCUUAGCUACACCACCUGACGAAGGACAACUUCUAAGGAUGUUACUGAAGGUGAUCAAUGCGAAGAACACCAUGGAGAUUGGCGUCUACACCGGUUACUCCUUGCUUUCCACUGCCCUCGCUCUUCCGUCUGAUGGAAAGAUCCUGGCAAUGGAUAUUAGCAGGGAAUAUUAUGAACUGGGGUUGCCUGUGAUUGAAAAGGCAGGAGUGGCUCACAAGAUUGACUUCAGAGAAGGUCCAGCACUUCCUCUUCUUGAUCAACUCAUCAAAGACGAAAAUAACAAGGGAAGCUUCGAUUUCAUCUUCGUCGAUGCUGAUAAGGAUAACUACUUGAACUAUCACAAUAGGGUGAUUGAGCUUGUCAAGAUUGGGGGAAUGAUCGCCUACGAUAACACCCUGUGGAACGGCUCUGUGGCCGCCCCAUCCGAUGCUCCUCUCUUGGAUUAUAUUAAGUAUUAUCGCGAUUUUGUGAUAGAGCUGAAUCAAGCACUUGCACUUGAUUCAAGGGUCGAGAUUUGCCAGCUUCCCGUUGGUGACGGCAUUACACUGUGCCGCCGCAUCAUCUGAUCACUCUGCUCCUUUUACCCGCAACAUACGGAAAAACACGAGUUUCAACUAUGUUACCUAAUCCAUGAAUAAAAUAAUGUGUGCUGCUUGGAUGAAUUUGAAUUUUUGUCUUGUAAGCGAAUACAUUCAUAACGUGUCUCUUCCUCAACACAAUACACAUGUAUUCAUUCCAAAUCAUAUUUACAAUAUAUUUAUA